AUGAGUCAUUUAAUAGAUUCUUAUAAAUUAAUAUCACAAAAAUUAAAAAAAAAAAAGUUUCCAAUGAGGAAACCAAAUUAUUCAGAAGCAGUUGAUCAAUAUACACAAGUAAUGAAUUCAUUUAAACGUGAAGGUAAUAAUAUAUAUGCAGCAUUUUGUUGUCUAUCAAUUGGUAGAUGUGAACAAGCAAUUAAAGCUUCAUCAUCAGCAGAAGCCUCAUGUUAUAUUGAUGCUGGUUAUUUAAUAUGGGAAAAUGAAAUUUCAACAAAUGAAUCUGAAAUAAUAUCAUUUGAAGAGAAUAUACCUGAAGCAAUUAAUUGUUAUUUAUUAGCUAUAAAAAUUUAUCAAAAUUAUAAAAGAUUUAGUAUAAUGGGUACAUUAUAUUUUGAAAUGGCAUCAAUAUUAAAAAGAUUAAAUAAAUUAGAAGAAGGUGCAGAAUAUUUUCAAAAGGCAGCAGAAAUUCAAAGGACAGAAAGUCCAAUAAGUGCAAUCAACUCAUUAAAAGAAGCAGCAUAUUGUAAAAUUAUGGAAUGGGAUUAUAAGGGUGCUUGUGAUUAUUUAGAUUUAAUUGUAAAUAUUGCAGGUGAAACAACACAACCAUUAGAAUCUAGAAUGAAUCAAUUAUCAUUACUAAAUACAACAACUAAUAGUAGUUUUGAUCAAAUUAAUAAUAAUAGUAAUCAUAAUAAUUUUUUUAAUGAUAUUAAUAACAAUAAUAAUAAUAAUAAUAAUAAUAAUAAUAAUAAUAUAAAUAAUAAUAUAAAUAAUAAUACAAUAUUACCAUCAUCAGUUAGUAUGUCAUUAUAUCCAUUUAUUUUAAUUGAAACACGUGUAUCAUUAUUUUUAUUAUAUAUUUUACAAGAUAGUUUUUCAAAAUCACAAGCACAACUUAGUAAAUUAGUAAAUGAUAUAAAUGAACAACAUUCUCAAUAUAGUGCAGGUUCUGAAUUGUCUGAAGAAACUAUCGCAAUCUUAAACAACCUAUUAAUCGCUUGUGAAAGAAAAGAAGUUAAUGGUUUACCUGCAAUUCAAAGAGAACUUUGGAGUUCUUUAAAUGAUGUACAAAAUGAUAUUUUACAAAGAAUUUGGUGUGCAAAUAAAAUGCUUUUAUAA